AGCUAAUACAAACACCGGAGCGAUCAGACCCGAAUCAACUGUCACUCGAACGAUACCAGAGUCAUAUAUAAAAUCAUAAGUACUUGAAAAAUCUCGAUAAACCGAAAGAGAAAAAAAAGUUAAAUUUUCGCUCGUCAAGCACUCGAGGCACAUUGACCUCGAAUACGCGGCGCGCGUCUAUUUUUUACGGUAUUCAUUUACUGUAUUAAUUUGUCGCGUCUGUAUUCGAGCAGGAAGAAGAGCUCAAUCGAACCAAGAGAGUUUGUCAAGUUACCGUCCUAAAGAAGAGAGAAGCGAUCGUCGUGCGAUGCCGACGUGGGGAUGCAGGCGUUCCGAUAUGGAACCACCUGGACACUCGGACGCACGCUUUAGGGAGCGUGUUAAAAGUGACAACGACGAAGAAUUUAACCUCACCGUCGGCGCGAAUCGUCCUCUCUACUCGGACAACAGAGCGCGAUCCGUCUCCCUGCCGCCACCCUCCGUGUCGCCCCCGUUCCCCACCAAGUGGAUCCGGGAUAGUUUCAGCGAGGAGAGGACAUUGCCGUCGCCCUGGGACCAAGAACGAAGCCGUGCCAAGCCGACGACCACCUGGAAGACGACGACGACGACGUCUUUGCCAGUUGGCACGAUACCCAGAAACAAAAAGAGACGGGUACGCGUCAAACGGGUGAUCAAGAAUCAAUGCGAAGCGCUCAAGCUCUACGACGAAGGUAGGCGCGACUCGCAAAUCGCCCAAAAACUGCGCAUACCCGUGAACGUUAUACGCGGCUGGAUUCGCAAAUACCGUCUGAACGGUAAGAAAACAGUGACGAAACCGCAAAUUCCGAUUCCGAUAUGGAACGGCCCUAGCCAUCCGUCGUACGUGGCGUCGUCGUCGUCGUCGUCGUUGCCGCCGGGCACGUGGUUCCAAGCCGUGCCCACCUAUAGGUUGCCGGAUUCUACGAGGCCUCGGAAUCCAGCCACCGCUGGUGGACAACAGAUCUACAUCGCGCCGCUCGAACUGGCUUUCCGCCAACCGGAAUACGCCUUCGGCGACAUAUGGUACGCUGGCCAGGCGGUGAUGUUUCCCGGUAACUCUGCCACGAUGAUCGACCAAUGGAACUUGAACUAUCAUCACGUGGACGCGCCGUUGAGGUUGGCCGCUCUUUUCUGGCCCGCACCCGCGCCCUACGGCUCCAACGAUCCGCUGGCGUCCCGCGCCCACCUGCCUCCGACCCAGACCGAUUUGCGCAAUUUCAGUUACGAUAGUUUUCCGAUGUCAAAUAGCGGAAGCUCCGGCGAGGAGUCUACCGAUCAAGAAGCUACUCCAAGGAAAAAGUGCAAGGACCUGAACGACAACGUCGUUUUUCCAGAGGAACAGCGCAUAAAUACUCACGCGGAUCGAGUAGACAAUUAUGCGCCGUCAACGCAGCCCAUACAAAAGAGAUCGCAACAAAUGCGUUUCGGGGACUUUACUCACUUGGAAUACUUGCAAGCUUGCGAAAAGGAGCGAUGCUUCAAGAACAGAUAUCCGGAAAGCAACCGUAGAACAGGCAAGUCGGUCCAGUAUUCGAAGGCGCAAAGAGGGCAACGCGAUCACACCGACCAGCAGCAGCAGCAGCAGGGAGGAGCACGCGACGGGGACUUGGCUCCGUUUUAAAAAUAAAUCUGGCCACGCGACGAGAGCCCAGGCUACAGCAGUGUAGCUGGCCGAUUUUGACGAUACGACGAUCGCAUCGCCGUGAGCAGUGCACGAAUUAACGAACUUUCCGCGCGUCGAGGAUCUCUCUUGCAUUCGAAACCUUACCAGCGCGAAGUACGCUCGUGGACUGGUGGCCUAUGCGUUUAGGCUUUUCACAACCGCAAUCUCGAAAUUGACAAAUUCGCGUUCAGCAACAAGUUCAAACUUAAGGUAGAUUCGAAGUUAAGGCAUAUAACUAACGAAUAACUUAUCGACGCGCGUGAGUUUUUUAAUUUUCGUAAUUUUUCUCACUGGUAAUUGAUACAAAAUAAAUUUGUACCUGUAAAACUACUCACGGCGAGGAUGAGAGCUUGAGGUAUUUGACGAAUGAAAAAUUUAUGAGAUGAGAUUCAAAGAUAAAUGACUCGAUUGCGACAGUUUGCAAAUUGCUGGCAAUUUUUUUUUUUAAAUGUUAUUGUCAAAAAAGUGCACUGACAUUCUACUCAAAUUCUUAUAUUUUUACAGUUUUUACUGUUGAUAAGUCAGAUCGUAAUAUUGAAAAUUUUUAUUUAAUAAUUAUUUCGAUAGACAUGGUCUCGCAAUAAAAAUAAAUCACAAACUGAUUGUUUAGGCACGGUAUAUUUGAACACAAA